UCUCAUACGUCAAUGACGGAACUCCGUUAAAGUGUUUCAGGAAGUUGCGCAUGACGACUAGCUACGUACAAUGGCGCCUCUAGAUUUGGAUAAAUAUGCAGAGAUCGCAAAACAGUGUAAAUACCUCCCUGAAAAUGACCUCAAGAGGUUAUGUGACUACGUGUGUGAUCUCCUACUGGAGGAGUCCAACGUUCAGCCUGUCUCUACUCCUGUAACAGUAUGUGGGGACAUACAUGGACAGUUUUAUGAUCUCUGUGAACUCUUCCGAACUGGUGGCCAGGUUCCAGACACAAAUUACAUAUUUAUGGGUGACUUUGUUGACCGGGGAUACUACAGUCUGGAGACAUUCACCUACCUGCUGGUCCUGAAAGCCAAAUGGCCCGAUCGCAUCACACUUUUACGUGGAAACCACGAGAGCAGACAGAUCACUCAAGUUUAUGGCUUUUAUGAUGAGUGCCAGACCAAGUAUGGGAAUGCAAAUGCGUGGCGUUAUUGCACCAAAGUGUUUGAUAUGUUAACAGUUGCAGCUUUGAUGGAUGAGCAGAUCCUGUGUGUUCACGGAGGCCUCUCCCCAGACAUUAAAACCCUAGAUCAAAUUCGAACCAUUGAGCGGAACCAGGAGAUCCCUCACAAAGGAGCAUUUUGUGAUCUGGUGUGGUCAGACCCUGAAGAUGUGGACACUUGGGCCAUCAGUCCCAGAGGAGCUGGCUGGCUCUUUGGUGCAAAGGUCACAAAUGAGUUUGUUCACAUCAACAACCUGAAGCUGAUCUGCCGGGCACAUCAACUUGUCCACGAAGGCUACAAGUUCAUGUUUGACGAGAAGCUGGUCACAGUGUGGUCAGCUCCUAACUACUGCUAUCGCUGCGGCAACAUCGCCUCCAUUAUGGUCUUCAAAGAUGCUAACACAAGAGAGCCAAAGCUCUUCAGAGCAGUACCCGACUCAGAAAGAGUCAUUCCACCCCGAACAACAACACCUUAUUUCCUGUAAGCACAUUAAAACUAAAACAACGCAGCCAUUUAUUCAGUGCAAAGAUACUGACUGGGACAGUGGCAUUAGCACUUGUGAACCCUUAUGAAUUCUGUAUAGUGAAUUUAGACUAUGCUCUGUGCAUUUCUUGGUGCCAACUGUCAAUUGUUCUUCCCAGUCUGUGCAUAUAAUGCCAUUAUUCUGCAGCUUAAAACACACUAAGACAUAACAGCAAAGUAAGUUAGCUCAGUAGCAUCGCUGUGCUGUUGAAAUGCUGUGAGAGGAAGGAUUAACAUUACACAAAAGUCAACUAACUAUGGUAAAAUGUUCAUAUUUAGAAAAUCUCAAUUUCACUAGGCAAUAAAAAUUGACCCUGCUCCAUUGUUAUAUACAAUGUUUCAUUUUAUUAUGGUAAUGUAUUAAAGCUGGGUGUAAGAUAAUGAGGCACUGCACAAAGGCAAAAUUUGCAAAAUUUUUGACAAAUAUCAAUGAAGUUAUUAUUUGUGUUAUUAUGUGAUCUUAUAAACAAAUGUGUAAACCUGAGAGUUGAUUUGUAAAAAUUAACUAUACCCAUUUUGUUAGAAGUUUCAGGAUUGUUAAGCCUGUGGUACCUUAAAAAAAUCUCUAAAUUCCAGAUUUUGAAUCAGCUCUUGUAAUUAUUAUUUUUCUGUGUCAUCUUACUGUUUUUAAAUAAAGAACUCCAAAAAUUUUAAA